ACCGAACAACAAUAUCAGUCUAGUCUUGUCUUAGAUAGCCGACCAACAACAGUUAGCAUGAGCCGGUGAUUUCGGAAUAUAUUGGACAGAUUUUAGUAACGUGACAGUAUUCGUUUUAAAAAUUUUAUUUCAUUACACAAGAUAAUUCAAGUUAAUAUCAGAUUUUGACCGCAAAACAACACGUGGACUAUUGAAAAAAUAGGGUUUCAAAAGAAAAAAUAAUUAUUUUAAUUUUGGAUCUUUUUACUAAUCAAGCCACAAAAUAAUAAGGGUUUAUCGUUUGACAAACGUGAAAAAUAUUACAAAUCGGGUCUUAAAAAGUUGUAGGUUCAACUUUCAUCAAGUUCAGUUAUUAUUGGUGGUAUAAAAUUAAAAUCGGAGUUGGCUUCAAAAAUAUAUUUCAAAAAAUUUAUUCCACAACAAGAAAUCUCAUCAUUCAGAUCUCAUAGUCUUAGCCAUAGCCAAUCAACUUACCUUUUUCCACCUGAAUAAUUCAACCUAAUUAUUUGAAAAAAAUCGAAUAAUCUCAAACUUUUCUUCACUCAAUCUCGAACAUAGGUGAGAAACUAGUAGGACUACCAAUAGAACUAAAAAAAGAGGUACAAACAAAAAUACGGUAACAAAGCUCCUAUAAGUGAAAUAAAAAAAAAAAUAAGUGGAAUAGAAUCUUUUGUAAAAAGUCUUCUAUAAGACAAACAAAUAUCUUUCCUUCCAAAGAUCUAGGCAAAGCUCUAAAUGAAAAUUUUGUAAAAAAGCGAACAUAUCUCGAAACCCUUGACGAGAACGAACAAAACUCAAAGAAUUCGGUUGAAAAUUGUGAAUUUACGUCAAACUAACGACGUCUCCAGCAAUACACGAUGUCACGCGGUUCGGAAACCACUUAUUUCCUGCUUCUUAUCUGCCUGGCAGUUCCAGCGGUAAGGUCAUCUUUCCAAGACACCUGCCUGGAAGUGAUCUCAAGACAGGUGCAGCCCUGUCAUCCUUCAAACAACGCUACGUUUUGCUCCAUCGACACUCAAUGCAGCCAGGUGGGAGUGAGAGUGUCGGCUGUGAGGAACAGCUGUUCCCUCCUUCUCCUACCCACUGUGCAACAGAGAGAGGAGGAGAUAAGACAGGAGUUGCAGGAGAGACCUUCAUCGCUUGAGAUCUGGUGUCUGGGAGGACUGGCGGUAGCUCUGAUCAGCCUGUCGGGUAUAUCUGGAGGCCUGCUAUGGCCUCUGCUCCACAGCGAGUUCCACAAACACAUGAUGACAGUGCUCAUAGGACUGGCGGUUGGCUCUCUCGUCUCCACCGCCGUCUUCCAGCUCAUCCCUGAGGGUUUCCAGUUGAAGAAUUGCGACCCGGACCAAAGCUAUAUGAACACCGCCGUCUACGCCUGGUUCAGCGUUUGGCUGCUCUUCAGUAUAGAAGCCAUCACCAAAAUUGUGUUCUACGAGAAAGAGAAAAAGUGCUUCAACGCUGAAAACGGUCUGAACGGAACCACGGAGCCUCUAAAACAGUAUGAGUUGAACUCACUCAUUGAUCAAACUCAUCAACAUCAGCAUACCCACAAUUCAUCAUUGACCAAGAAAGAAGGCAAGGUCUCGAAUGUGGCCUGGAUGAUAAUAUUCGGCGACGGACUGCACAACUUCAUCGACGGAAUGUCAAUAGGGGCCGGAUUUUCGCAGAGUAUCGCCACAGGAUUCUCCAUCAGUUUGGCCAUCGCCUGCGAGGAAUUUCCCCACGAGCUAGGUGACUUCGCCAUCUUGAUACAAUCAGGUCUGCCCUUAACCCGCGCUUUGCUCUACAACUUUCUGUCAGCGUGCACUGCGUUUGUGGGACUUGCUCUUGGUAUACUGCUGGGAGAGCUCAAAGACGCCCACUGUAUAUUCGCAUUUGCCGGUGGCCUAUUUCUCUACGUCUCAUUAACGCAUUUGAUUCCCGAACUUCAACAAAUGCUAGACGAAGGCCUGAAACGUGGGAGACUAUACGGCACACUAACUUUCUUCCUGGAAAACCUAGGAAUCCUCGGCGGAUCCACCAUUUUGUACUUUAUAACCAAAUACAACGACUCAAUAAGGAUAAGUUGGGCCGGAUAGUAGUUAACUAUUAUCCAAUAGCAGAUCUGUUUUAAGUCCAAAUUAAUGUGUGAGUGUGUGAGUACGUGUAUCGACAAUGAAAUUGUGAAUAAAUGUGUGUAUGUUAUAGAUUUUAUUACAACGCUCUUCCAUACUAUUAGGUAUUGAUUAAUCGAAAAAUUAAUUUCCCAGCUGCAUGAGUUUCAAUGAAUGGAGUGAUGUAACUGAGAGGAUUCGGGAAAUCCCAUUCUUGAUGAUGAGGAAAAAUUCAUCAAAACCCAAUUCGUUGUUGAGAUUAUAAUGGCGGAUGAUUGAACGUCCCGAAUUACUCAUCCAUAAUCUUGUAGAGUACUGAAUACAAUAAUUAAAUUCCGUGUUUCAAAUGGUUUCGAUUCACUAGAGCACACUUCUUGAUUCAUGAUUCUACUUUCGAGCUAUUUUCGUAUUUUUAAUGAAUUAAAACAGAAUCUCCCGUUGAGCUAUUUCGAAUUUUUUGUCUGAACAGAAUUCUAAAAGUCACAGGAAAGUCACCAAUCAAUAUCGAUACUCCUGUCAGUAAUGAAAAAUUAUAGAAAUAGAAAGAAAAAUAGAAAUGUCAGUACCCUUUAUGAAUUAUUUAAUCACAACAUGUUUCGGACAUUGAUGCCAUUUUCAAGUGAUAUGAAGUAAAUUUUUUUUACUUCAUAUCACUUGAAAAUGGCAUCAAUGUCCGAAACAUGUUGUGAUUGAAUAAUUCAUAAAGGGUACUGAGUUUUCUAUUUUUCUUUCUAUUUCUAUAAAAAGUAGCCCUAUACAGAAAUGAAAUGGAAAAUUAUAUGUUGAAUCACUAUUAUUUAUGUCGGUAAUUGUCUUUCCAGACAAUUCAAUCUAACUGAAGUUUGACACACUGCUACUUUGUACCACCCUGCACCUUGCACCCUCUUCACUACAAAACGUCAACAUGUUGAUACCAAAAAUCGAUGAAAUCACCCAUUGAGUACUUGAUUAAUUUUCUGAACAUUUCCCUACCUGAUUUGAUGAACGAGUUAGCAAUGAAUCUAUAACUACUUACAUAAAUUACAAUAGAGAAAUCAUACAAUAGCUUCAUGUAUAUCUUGAAAAGUAUUUAAUCAAAUAAUACUAGUAGUUCUGUGAACAGUAGACCUCACACAGUAUUCUCAUCCACAAGUACCUAUGAUUGAAAUUAUAGACCUUAUGGAAAUACAGCAAUAGACUGGCUUCUCCACACAUCUGUGUAAUCACUUGUCAGCUGAUUUAUGAUGAAUAAUUCUAUAGUCUAAUUUUUACUCUAAUAUUGGCGUAUGAAGAAGGCUCCUUUUUCCUUUUAUAUUAUCCUUGAGAUGCAAAAUUUCCAAAAACCUUGUAUAUACGUCGACGCGCAAUUAAAAAAGGAACAUACCUGUCAAAUUUCAUGAAAAUCUAUUACCGCGUUUCGCCGUAAAUGCGCAACAUAUAAACAUAUAAACAUUUAAUCAUUCAAACAUUUAAACAUUUAAACACUGAGAUAAAUGCCAAACCGUCGACUUGAAUCUUAGACCUCACUUCGCUCGGUCAAAUACAUAGAAUAUCAAUAACUUCCAAUUGAUUGAUUCCCAAUUCUUAAUCUUAUGCUAUGAUCAAUUCCUCACACACUAUACAAUUCUUUAUUUUGAAGCUUUAAAAUCAUCCUCGGAUAAAUCCACAUUAACUUCCCGAUUUUCUAUCAGAUUUUCCAAUCCAUUUUUGAUCGAUCCCUUUUUUGAUCGAAGUUUGACACACCGCUACUUUGUAACGACCUUGCACCCUUAUUCACUUUAAAAUUUCAUGCCACUUCAUUCAAUAAUUCUACCCAUUCAACAAAUAUGCUGACAGUUUAAAGUGAAUCUCACUAUACGUGGAGUGUAUUGAGUAUGUGAGUCAAAAUGUCAGCAGCAUUCAUUCAACACUGCUACCCAUUCAAACAGAGCUGACAGUUUGAAGUGAGUCUCACUGGCUGUGAAACGCAUCCAACGUUCCAAUCAGAGUUGUUGAACAUAGUUGUUUGCAACAUCUAGGCAACAACAUGUCGGCAGCAUCAUUGCAACAUGUGUCAAACUUGCUUAGCAACAACAUAUCAAUUAUGGUUGCUGCGGUCCCCCUGAGAAUGUCUGAGGCUAUGAUCGACGAGAAGCCUGUCAAUAAUAAUAAUAAUAAUUGUUAUCAACUAUUACCAUUAAAGUAGAUGUGGAUGUGAUGUAUGUAGAAGGAAACUAACCCUUCAAUCUGUUAUGUGGUAUCCAAACUAUGGUUCAGUUGCACAAAAGCCUGUUCAAUCUCAAUCACGAUUUAAUCCAUCGAGAAUCAAUCAAAGAAAGAAUUUUAAAAAAAAAAAAGGCUUCUUUGAUAGUUUCUUGCGGCAUUCAAUCAUGGAUGAAAUUCAACAGGCCUUUUGUGCAACCGAGGACCGAGCCUAGGUGUUUUAUAUUGAUAAGCAGUGUGGUUAUAAUCAUAUUGAAAACUCGUGUCAUGAGCCCAAUACACAGUCAUUCAUUAUAUAAAAUCACCACAAAUAAUUCACCGAAUUUUGUAGAAGAUUUUAUUCCUGAUUAGAACCGUGUUGAGACUAUCACGUAUUUGAUGAAUAUGAACGAUCAAAUAAUAUCUUUGACCAGAUAAAUCCAACAUAAGACUGUGUAAUGGAGCCUUCAUAAGUGAAGUUACUGUUACCAAUGUAUUUUUGAAAUUUACCAAUAUCAAGUUACCGAAGAGCUUUAUCAACAAAUUUAAUAGACAUUUUCCGAAAUUGAUGUAUCUAGUUCCUUUCCGUACACAAGUUUUUCAUUAAAUUGGAUACAAAUGUGGCAGAACUUUAGUUCAAACUUGAAAGGUGUCCAGAGAAUAUUUCCAGCAAUAUAAUAACAUUAUAGGAUAAGGUUGUGUAUAAUUAUGUUCUAUCAAUAUAGGUUAAAAUAAAAAUUAUCAUAAUUUCGCACGUAAGUUUUGAAUAGUUGUAGAGAAGAGAAUAUAUGUUAUAAUUUCGAUGUAUGUUAUACUAUAAAUUUUGAUUAAUAAAUAAGAAUAAGAUAAAGUGGAAAAGUAUUGUAUCAUUCAAAUUCUUUAUUUGAACAUGUAUGAUGUUAGGGUUGGCUGAAUAUUAAAACUGUAAAUAUUAAAAUAAGCCAUUGUAUUCUGAAAAAUAUAACUUAUUUGAGACCUA